AUGAGGGUGUUUAUUGUAAUAAGCGCCGUUUGCUUGUACUCGGCCCUAGCCGCGGAAUCCGCUACCAAGGAAAUCUCGCAGGAGGGCAAGAAGCAAGAGAAACGUGGUAUCAUCGAUUUGGGAGACCACGCUCAUGCUUUUGGAGGAUUUGAAGCUGGAUACGGAGGAGGAUGGACCGGACACUUCGGUCAAGUCCAUGAUGAUCACCACCAUCAUCAUCAUGAUCACCACCACGAGCACGUCAACACUCAAGUAGUUACCAAGAAGAUCCCAGUACCAUACACCGUUGAGAAGCACGUACCUUACACCGUCGAACGUCAUGUACCUUAUCAAGUGAAAGUACCGGUACCACAACCCUACACCGUAGAGAAGAAAGUACCGUACCCAGUCAAGGAGUACAUCAAGGUACCAUACUUUGUGCCACAGCCGUACGAAGUGAUCAAGAAAGUACCAUAUGAAGUGCACGUGCCAGUCCCAAGGCCGUACGAAGUAAAAGUGAACGUACCAAAACCAUACACCGUCGAGAAGAGGGUACCAUACGAAGUUAAAGUGUCAGUCCCACAACCCUACACCGUCGAAAGGAAAGUGCCGUACCCAGUUAAAGUUGAAAUUCCAGUUCCACAACCCUACACCGUCGAAAAGAAGGUACCAUAUGAAGUCAAAGUACCAGUAGACAGGCCUUACACCGUCCAUGUACCAAAACCAUACCCAGUCACCGUCGAGAAGCACGUACCUUACACCGUCGAGAAGCACAUCCCAUACGAAGUCAAGGUCCCAGUAGACAAACCAUACCCAGUUGAAGUGCCACGACCAGUACCAUACCACGUGAAAGUGCCAGUACCACAACCCUACACCGUCUUGAAGAAGGUCCCAUUGGAGGUCGAAAGGCCAGUGCCUUUCCACGUUAAAGUACCAGUAGACAAACCAUACCCAGUCUACAAAGAAGUACCAGUUCCUAUCCAGAAAGAGGUACCAUACCCAGUCAAGGUACCAGUCCACGUACCAGUUCACUACCAUCAACAUCACGAAGAAGAGCAUGUUGAACACGUUGAUCACUACCCCAGCCACGGAUGGCAUUGA